CCCCGCCACGCGGGGCCUCCUUCCACCGAGACCUGACCCUGGAGACCUUCCCCAUGGCGCUACUGCACAGACUUCUCCAGGAGGUGACCAGGGCGAAGCGCUCCUGGGCCGGUAGGGAUUUGGGGGUAGGGAAUGCGGGGGGGCCAGGGGGGGUGCCCAGUGCACACCCUACGACUGCCCUGUCCCGACCCUGUGCAGGCUCCCUGGCCGGCAGCUGCCUGUCGGAUCCCAGGCUCUGGGACCGGCUCCACGCCCAGGCGUUGCCCGGAAGGCCCCCUAACUUCGACUGGUUUUUUGGCUACGAAGAGGUUCAGGGGCUUCUCUUGCCGCUGCUGCAGAAAGGGGCUCCCCAGGGGCCAGCGGUGGCCCCCCUCAGGGUGCUGGACGUGGGCUGUGGAACCUCGGAUUUGUGCCCUGGACUCUACACCAAGUGCCCCCUGCCCUUGACCGUGCUAGGGGUGGACUUUUCUCCAGUGGCUGUGCACCGCAUGAAGCGCUUGCUGGAAGGGCACGGAGACCACCCUGGGCUGCGCCCGGCGCACCCCGAUUCCCAGCUGCGGUUCCUGCAGGCUGACGCCCGAGACCUGGGCUCUGUCUGCCCUUCUGGGUCCUUCCAACUGGUGCUAGACAAGGGCACCUGGGAUGCUGUGGCCAGGGGUGGCCAAGAGGGGGCAGAGCAGCUGCUGUCCGAGUGUCUGCGGGUGCUUGCCCCCCAGGGCACCCUGGUGCAGUUCUCCGAUGAGGACCCCGAUGUCCGUUUGCCCUGCUUGGAGCGGGGAGCUGGCAGCAGACUGGUGAAAAUACAUGAACUGGGGCCCUUCAAGGGGCUCACUUACUUUGCUUACUUGGUCCAGGCCGCUCAAUAAAAGCAAUCUUCCCCGUUUUA